CCUAUCCUUCGGAAAAUCAACUAAGUGACAGUUCCACGACAGUCGAGUCUAUGUUAUCGGCGAUUCGCGAACGACCCUGAUUUAUGUUUGGUAGAGCACUGACGCUUCAGCAGUAUUUCCAAAAAUGUAUGGGAAGUAUUUCAUGUUGUUACAACAACACCAAAAACGUGAAAGCCGCCAUAUUUCCUAAGCGUGCUAAUGGUUUUUCCAUUUUUAACCUCUCACAUUUCGCAAGCUUCGCCAUUUGACGACUUGACUGCCACUUCCUCCGCUCCCUUUUUAAACGCAGUACUUACUUUGUACCCAGAUAAAAGUGUAAUAUGCGUCUGUCAGAACAAUAUCAAUGUAUAUCCACCUAUUGAAAGAUAUGAGCCCAGGUUUCUAGUGAAUCCCGUGACGGAAACGGCAGUUUUUGAAUCACCUCUUCCUAGCAUUCUUCUUAACAGAACUUCUCUUACAUUGCAGAACUUUUAAAGAAAACGCCACAAAAAAAUAGAAACUCGCAUGUUGUUGUUUAUGUGCAUAUAUACAGAUAUAUACAUGUAUGUACGUAGAUAGUGUCAUAGACUUUCUCUCGCGAAAACGUUUCAGAAGUGUAUUUUCAAAUAAUUUACAUCAAAGAUAAUUUCACAUAAACGCCGUCGUGCCCUUAAUUAAUCAACAAAAUAUUAGCUCACAGCGUAUGAAUGUAUACAUAUAUUAGCAACAACUAAGCAAGCAUUGCGAAUCUAGCGCUGAGGCCAAAAUAAGCUCUCACAUUCGUAUACAUACAUAAAUACGAGUAAAAUAGUACGCAUACAAAGAUUUUUUCGUCUUGGCGGUAACAGUAAACAUCAUCCCAAAUGUUCGCCACCUUACGACAUCUGGUUGGUGGUGGUGCUGCUCAAGCGGAUCCACGAACACAUGCGCAGGAACAAUCGCCAUUGUCGAAGAAACCAACAAGAAUAUCGAAAAGAUUGCGCCAACAACAACAGCUCGAACAAAUGCAGCAAAUGUUGUUGCUCGACAGUGAAACCUAUUCCAACUUGCGUUAUGAGCGCACCAAACUCAGUCACAGCAGCCUGCUGCUGCAUCAGAUCUCACACGACAGUGCAGCGGACGAGUGCAACGGAACGCUCGAGACUAUUGUGCCAUUAACAUUUGCAUCGGCCGCCACACCGAUAAUUGUGCCCAGUGGCUAUAGAGCCAUUACACCUUCAGAUAAACAAAAUAUAACUACUGGAACGCGUCUGCAUUCCACAUCAACGCCGUCACCAGCGCCACAACCAGCUUUGCUAACGCAGUCAUCGCCGCCACCAUCCACAACGGGCAGUGUGCCACCCGCUCUAAGCUGUAGUGGCUAUUCAACGUAUUUGCCACACGACUAUAGUUUCUGCGACUCGUGUCGUCCACCACGUUUUCAGAAUUCCCUCAUUAAAUCCGGUAGUCCCGGUUCAGUAUCGCAAAAAAGUUUCGGUACCGUCUCGGCGCGUUAUCUCAAUUUAAAUUCAAGUUCGAGUAAUCGUUUCAAUUCACUGCCACCAUCUUCGAUUUUGACACCAACACCGCCACCACAACAGCAACAAGCACCACCGCCGCAUUCUUUGCGCUCCUUUCAUCACUUCUCUCGUUUACAGCCACGACGCCAAACCAGCACCAGCAUGUCGCAAUCCGGAGACGAUCUACAUUCGCCCAGCUAUCUGUCAUGGCGGAAGCUGCAGUUGAGCCGAGCCAAACUAAAGGCGUCCAGCAAGACAUCGGCAUUGCUAUCAGGAUUUGCCAUGGUCGCCAUGGUUGAGGUUCAAUUGGACAGUAGCACCAAAGUGCCUGCUGGUAUGCUCGUCGCAUUCGCCAUCUGCACCACUCUACUCGUUGCCGUUCACAUGUUGGCGCUAAUGAUCAGCACCUGUAUUUUGCCAAACAUUGAAACGGUCUGCAAUUUACACAGCAUCUCGCUGGUGCACGAGUCACCACAUGAACGCCUGCAUUGGUACAUUGAAACGGCGUGGGCCUUUUCCACUCUCCUCGGACUCAUACUUUUCCUACUCGAGAUAGCAAUACUUUGUUGGGUGAAAUUUUAUGAUUUAAGUCAGCCCGCCGCCUGGUCGGCAUGCAUCGUACUUAUCCCGGUAAUGAUCGUCUUCCUAGCAUUUGCAAUACAUUUCUAUCGGUCGCUCGUUACACACAAAUACGAGGUCACCGUCUCGGGCAUACGAGAGCUAGAGAUUUUGAAGGAACAAAUGGAGCAAGACCACAUCGACACACAUCAUCAUCACCAUCGUAAUAACGGUUUGCAUUACGGUGCUAGUGGUGAAAUUGUGUAAGCAGCAUGGAGUGUGUGGUGAAUUUGUUGCCACUAAAAUUACGUGUCACACACACACAUGCACUGGAAAAUAUACAUUUUAUACGUGACUACAUACAUUUAGGCGGCAAAAGUUUUUAUACGCUACUUUUUACAAGAGAAAAGACGUUGGUAACGAUUAAUAAUAAAAACAUUAUGUACAUAUAUAAAUAUUUGUAUGUAGGUUAGUAUUGUUAUGCUAUGUAAAUGAAAACUUAAUUGAAUUGAAUUGGAUUCUCUAGAAUUCAAAUACAAUUGUGAUAUUGGUAAAUGUUUUUUUUAUUCGAAUUAUAAAAUGCAUUUUGGCAUAUCUUAAUUUAGCGACUAUUUUUAAAAACUGAAUAAACAAUAAAUAGGUAAAUUUUGUUUAUAAGCUUAAAGUGUAAGCAUUGUUAAAAGUCACUUGUAU